AGCCAGCGAUCCGCGGUCGCCCUGGGCUCGGCGCCGGCCCAGCCAGGACCCCGGGAGCGCACGGGACGGGCCUCGCCAGUCACACUCCAGCAUCCCCACCAGCCAGCACAGUGCCUGCUCUCAGUGAAAGGCCACUGUUCUCCUUGGGCGACCCCCAUGAUGCCUGACAGCUCCCCGUGCCUCCUGGAACAGCCAGGGUCCUUAUGAAGUGGUGACCACUCCAGUCAGCAGGGGUGGAAAAUGGUACCAGUCAAGCCUGAGGCGGAGGAGGAGCAGCCCACAGUCGCUGCCGCGAGAUGGAGGAGCCCACGCCGGAGCCCGUCUAUGUCGACGUGGACAAAGGGCUGACCUUGGCCUGCUUCGUCUUCCUCUGCCUCUUCCUUGUCGUGAUGAUCAUCCGCUGUGCCAAGGUCAUCAUGGACCCUUACAGCGCCAUCCCCACAUCCACCUGGGAGGAGCAGCACCUGGAUGACUGAGGCGCAGCGGCUGU